AUGGCUUUCUCUGCUCCUCUCAAUCUCAUUCUACCCAUUCUACUAUCUCUCACUCUCUUCACCAUCAUCAGCAUCCACGUUGACGCACAGAUCGAAGAAACAACAACCUUGAACCUAAGCUCAGAUGUUCUAGAAUGGCCAACAACAAUGUCAUCACUUUACAAUGAAGAAGACAUGGACAGUGAUGAUUUCAGUCGAAGAUCUUUGUUCUGGAGUAGAGUAAAAUACUAUAUCUCUUACGGUGCUCUUGCUGCUAACAGAAUCCCCUGUCCACCUCGUUCUGGUAGAUCUUAUUACACUCACAAGUGUUAUGAAGCUAGAGGACCUGUUCAUCCUUAUACUAGAGGCUGUUCUGCUAUCACGCGAUGCAGGAGAUGA